AUGCAUGCUAAAAUGAUGGCGUUACUAGGUUAUGAUGCAGCGGUUCCAACAUUGAACUCCAACAACAAGGUUAUUCAAUUGGAAGCUAAAAUUUUACAGAGUGACACUUCGAGGAUUAACUUCUCAAACAUCUCACAAGCUUGUGUAGGUUUGACUUCAGAACCCUUCUGGCUCACUCUGAAGGUUUGGGAAGUGGGUUAUUAUUAUGUUUUUCACCUUCCGGAUAUCCACCGUCGUCGAUUUAUAAACCAUAAAAAAGAAGUCGUCCUCUCUUGGAUUGUUUCCUCCUCCAGUGUUUCGCCGGCGGCGAGGAUGCUACAGCAUCAGACCAUCCAAUCUCCGGCGAGAUUAGGAUUAACUGGUCCUGGCUGUCCUGCCGUACAAAAUCCAACGCCAUCUCGUCAUGGCCAUCCAACCUCUUCUUCAUCCUCCCAAUCUCACCACCACCAACAGAUCCAACAACCUCCUAACCUCCCACCUUCCUCCACAUCCACAACCUCAUCCUCGACAACUAUUGCGUCAUCUCCUUUGCUAUCACUCCUUCCUCCCUUACCCCGAGCGCAAUCCCUUCUUCAACAAAUGUCCGUUUUAACCUCUAAGCUCUUCGACGAUAUCCUCUCACAGUUCAAUUCCCUCCAGACACAGCUCUUCGAAGCCGUUACUGAGCUUCAAGAGAUCCUCGAUCUCCAAGACGCGAAGCAGAAGCUCUCGCGUGAGGUCAAAUCCAAAGAUUCAUCUCUUCUCGAGUUCUCCAACAAGCUUAAAGAAGCAGAACGUGUUCUCAAUAUUCUCGUCGACGACUACUCCGAUUACCGCAAACCAAAACGAACCAAAACAGACGAAGAUGAUGAUGAAAAUGAGUCUUCUUCUUCUUCGUCCUCUGUUACCACUACAGUCUCUUCACAGCUGAAAUUAAAGGACAUCUUAGCUUACGCUCACAAGAUUAGCUACACAACAUUUGCUCCACCCGAGUUUGGUGCAGGACAAACACCUCUCUGUGGUGCAUUACCACCAGCUCCACAAGACGAGCAAAUGAGAGCUUCUCAGCUCUACACCUUCGCUGAUCUCAACAUCGGUCUACCUAAAACCGUUGAAACCAUUGAGAAGAAGAUUGAAUCACUCAUCGAGCUUCCACCACCACCACCACCAGAGAGUAUGAACCUUUCUGCAAUUCAAAACCUGCUUCCACCGAAUAUAGCAAUUCCGUCUGGAUGGAAACCAGGAAUGCCAGUGGAAUUGCCUAAAGAUUGGCCUAUGCCACCUCCUGCACCUAGAGCCCAGGAGCAGCAACAGAUGCGGCCUCCUAUAGGACUUCAUAGACCGCCUGACGUUAUACAGGUCUGA